GAAGUGGUGCGGGCCAUCGGCUCAGUCGAGCGGCGGGGAGCAGCUGGGCCCAAGAGUCCCGAGCCGAGCCGAGGCCAGGGGGCCUGGGGUCACGGUCCCGCGUCCUCGCAGCUGCCGUCGCCCAGGAGCGGCAGCUGUGCCCGGGCUCCCCGCGGCGGCGGGAAGGGGGUAGGAGGAGCUGCAGCUGGACGGUGGCAGCUGGAGGAGGAGCCGCGCGGCUGUCCCGUGCGCCCGGGAGGGGGCCGCGCUGGGAUGACCCGCUGACCGCGGCCAUGCAGCCUUGACGGGACGCUCCGGCGCACGGGGACCAGCUGCGGGGCGCGCCCUCUCGGGAAGGGGCAGCGGGCCCUGGUAGCAAGACUUAAACCGUCGACUUUAGCCUCGCUGGGAGCAAAACCGUUUACCAUGGAACCCGUGACCAAGUGGAGCCCCAAGCAAGUGGUGGACUGGACUAGAGGGUUAGAUGACUGCCUGCAGCAGUAUGUCCACAAGUUUGAACGGGAGAAGAUAAAUGGAGAGCAGCUGCUGCAGAUUUCCCAUCAGGAUCUUGAGGAGCUGGGGGUCACGCGAAUUGGACACCAGGAACUUGUGUUGGAGGCUGUCGACCUUCUCUGUGCGCUGAAUUAUGGCCUGGAAACUGAUAAUAUGAAGAACUUAGUUCUGAAACUGCGAGCAUCUUCCCACAACUUACAAAAUUACAUAAGUAGCCGGAGGAAAAGUCCGGCUUAUGAUGGAAACACUUCCCACAAGCCCCCCAAUGAGUUCCUGACUUCUGUGGUGGAGCUAAUAGGUGCUGCUAAGGCCUUGUUGGCUUGGCUGGACCGGGCUCCAUUUACAGGGAUCACGGAUUUCUCAGUAACGAAGAACAAAAUCAUUCAGCUUUGCCUGGACCUGACAACUACCGUCCAGAAGGAUUGCCUUGUAGCAGAAAUGGAGGAUAAAGUUUUAACCGUAGUCAAGGUUUUAAAUGGCAUCUGUGACAAAACAAUACAAUCUACUACGGAUCCUGUUAUGAGCCAGUGUGCAUGUCUGGAGGAGGUUCACUUGCCGAACGUUAAACCUGGGGAAGGCCUGGGCAUGUACAUCAAAUCAACCUAUGAUGGAUUGCACGUGAUUACUGGAACCACAGAGAACUCUCCUGCAGACAGAUCUCAGAAGAUUCAUGCUGGUGAUGAAGUCAUUCAGGUUAAUCAGCAAACUGUGGUGGGAUGGCAACUAAAAAAUCUGGUGAGGAAAUUGAGAGAGAAUCCUACAGGAGUCGUAUUACUGCUUAAGAAGCGCCCCACGGGUUCUUUCAACUUUACCCCUGCUCCCCUGAAAAACCUCCGGUGGAGACCGCCCCUGGUGCAGACCUCACCUCCACCCACGACGGCCCAGCCCCCUGAAAGCGCUAUGGAUACCUCGCCGAAGAAGGAGAAGCCAGCCAUCCUGGAUCUCCAUAUCCCUCCUCCACCAGCUGUUCCCUACUCCCCCCGGGAUGAGAAUGGGAGUUUUCUUUAUGGAGGCCUCAGUAAAUGUAAACAGCCAUUGCCUGGUCCUAAGGGUUCUGAGUCACCAAACUCCUUCCUGGACCAGGAGAGCCGAAGACGGAGAUUUACCAUUGCUGAUUCCGAUCAGUUGCCUGGGUAUUCGGUGGAAACCAAUAUUCAGCCCACAAAAAUGAGAGAGAAAACACCAUCUUAUGGCAAGCCCCGGCCUUUGUCCAUGCCUGCAGAUGGGAGCUGGAUGGGGAUAGUGGACCCUUUUGCCAGACCUCGAGGUCAUGGGAGAAAGGGUGAGGACGCUCUCUGCCGGUAUUUCAGUAAUGAGCGGAUCCCUCCCAUCGUCGAAGAAAGCUCCUCUCCCCCGUACCGGUUCUCACGGCCCCCAGCGGAGAGGCAGCUGGUCCGCGGCGCAGACUACGUCCGGGGGAGCAGGUGCUACAUCAGUUCGGAUCUCCACAGCAGCGCCACGAUUCCGUUCCAGGAGGAAGGGGCCCGAAAGAAGCCGGUCUCCUCGGCGGCCAAGUCCUCCUCUACAGAACCGUCCCUGCUGGUCAGCUGGUUUACUCGCCUCAAACUGUUGACUCACUGAGCCCCGCCCUCCAGGGCCUCUUCCCCGUCUCCCGCUCGCAAGUGCCUUGCUUCUUCAGUUGACAACCUGUUCUGGUUUUCAUCCACAGUAUUAUGUAGUGACCUUAUGCAGUUUCAUCGUUAGUUUUCAUUUGGAAGUCACAGACUGCCCUUCUCGGAAUUUUGAAGUAAUUGGAUGGGAACAAAUCCGGAGGAUCUUAGGUGUUGCCUUGUGGAGGCAGAAGGAGAGAAAGGAGUGGAGUCCGCUUUUCUUGCUUCCUUAGGGUCGGAACACGGAGACACACUGUAAACUGGGGCCUGGGCCAGGAAUGUUAUGGUCAUGAGGAGGAACUGGGCCGUCGUUGGUGCUGGGGGUGGGGCUGAAGUUGGUGUCCCUUGUCACAGAGAUGUGUUGGUUUGUGGUCCAACUUCUUCACCUGAAAAAGCCAGUGGAGAAAACAUUUUUGUUUUGAUUUUUCAAGCUACAUACCAUAUUUGUAAGUGUAGCAGCUUUGACUUUGAAAUAACAUGUGGCAUGCAUUUCAUGCUGUUUCAAAGAAGUGGUUUAAGUAAUUGUAGGCCUGUUACACUUGGCUAUUCCCUUUUUGUAACAAUCUCAGUAUGUAGGUCAGUUAAUACAGAAACACAUGAAUGCGUUGAUAGGGCUUAUUACACACAGAGAAGUUUAUGGUUAUUUGUGAGGGGUGUCGUUGUUGUUAUAUAUUAUUGUCUUUAAGGGAAAAGAAGCUAUAAGAUUUGCUGACAGCCAAAGUAUCAUUCAGAACAAUGAAGCAACAAUAUUUAGGUUUACGAGAGAUACAUCCGUUUCCAUUUUGACUGUGUAACGUCUGCCUUCCAGAAACAAAACAAAACAAAACAGGCAGUUCUUCAAACUUGUAUAUAUUUUGCUAAAUAGAAAUCUCUUGGAAAGUCUCAUGGUCACUAAUUUUCAACUAGCAUCAGGUAUUUUGGAAAAGUGUGUCAGGAUAUUAACUCUUGUUUAAACUGAAUGUAUGAUAUUUUGUUAGAACAGAAAAGUACUAUCUUGUUAAUUUAAGUGUUUUAAAUAUAGUUGUAUAUUUUUCUUACUCUUAGUCACAUGUAAUUGAAAUACUUCUGUUUUGCGUCCUGUGUGAAGCUAAUGAAAAUGAGUGUUCAAGGUGUUUUCCAAUUUAUAAGUGACUACCACGGCCACUGCCCCUGUGGGCCCUAUUGUUAAAAAACAAAAUAAACCCUCCCAA